CCUGUUGCACAAAAGUAGAAUUAAGACAUCCGGGAUAAAUGACUCAGCUGAGCUCAAUGAAGCCAAAACAUGUGCGUCCAGGCUUAAUUGGUUGCACAAAGACCAAGCCAGGAUGAGCAGACACGGAUUCAUUAAGCCAGGUGAAACCAAUCCUGGAUAGGUGCGCGCUCACGGCUCACUCAAAUAGACCCCGCCACAGAUCACAGAUUAACUGAUUUACCAUGGCAACUAGAGCCGCGUACUUUUCCCCGUCGGAAGCACAAAUCCUCAUGGAGGCAUACGAGGAGGUAAAAGAUAUAAUUAAGAAGAAAGGCAACACCGCCACAGUGAUAAAGCAAAGAGAAAAAGCGUGGCAAAGUAUUGCAGACCGCCUGAAUGCAUUAAACAUGAACGGGCCAAAACGGACAUGGCAGCAGGUCAAAAUCAAAUACAAGAACAUUCUGCAGAAUGCAGUGAAAAAGAAUACCCACAGACAAGGCACGGGUGGUGGGUCACCAAAGGCUGACCUUACCCCAGCAGAGGACAUGGCCUUGGAGCUAAAUAAAGGCAGGCCCGUCUUAGAGGGGAUCCCUGGGGGGAAAGAGACGAGCAUAGGUUCCUCCCAAGAUGCCACCCGCUUCAUUCAAGUGUCUGGCAGCACUGUGUUCCUGUUAGAGCCACCAGCACAAGCACCAGACGAUGCUGAUCCAGGUGAAGGCCCCAGUGCAGCAGCAACAGCACAUGAUGGAGACGAUGAUGAGGAGGAGACCAUCUCUCUGGAUUCCAGAAGGCAUGAGGACCCAGAUGCUAUACAGUGGGAAAACCAGCCUGGCAACAUAAGCUCACAAGCUAUCAGAAAGUUGUAUGGCAACCACCUCCGGCGCCAAAUAGAACUGGCAGACAUAGACAUUCAGUACAAGAAGAAAAAGAUGGAAAAUCUUGCACUGGAGUCCGAAAUAAAAAAGAGGACAAUUAGGAAACUGGACCUUGAAAUAAAAAAACUUGAGAGGGAGCUCCAAGAAGAUGACACAGCUGAAAAUAAAAAUUAGCAAUCAGUACAACCAAGUCAUCGUUAUAAGGCAUCGCCCUCUUUUGCCCACCCCCCCAGCACCAGGUGUGGCCACUAGCCUAUAUGAAGGCCCAAAAUUGUGUGUUCCUUUCUGCUCUGACAAUGGCAUGCCCAUUCGUGCGAGAUGUGGUGGAUGAAGAAGCACUUGUGCUGAGGAGAGCCUUCAGGCGAGAAAGGGUCUUCAGGGACCGGUUGGACCCACUGGCCUUCCCUGAUGACCAUCUAUAUGAAAGAUACAGGUUUUCUGCAGAUGGCAUCAGGUAUCUAUGCAGACUACUGGGUCCCAGGAUUAAGCACCGCACUGCACGGAGCCAUGCACUGAGUGUGGAGCAAAUGGUUUGUGUGGCCUUGCGCUUUUUUGCUAGUGGAGCCUUCCUGUACUCAGUGGGGGAUGCAGAACAGCUGAACAAGGCCACAAUUUGCCGCACAAUAAGGAGUGUGUGUCUGGCUAUCAAAGCAUUAGCAGAUGUCUUCAUCUCCUUCCCUGGCCACAGAAGACUCUGUGACAUCAAAGAGGAGUUCUAUAGGAUUGCAGGUUUCCCCAAUGUCAUUGGUGCAGUGGACUGCACACACAUAAGGAUAAAAGCCCCCUCAGGUGCCCAUGAGGCCGAUUUUGUGAAUAGGAAAUCCUUUCACAGCAUUAAUGUUCAGAUGGUCUGCAAUGCUGACUGUGUGAUCAGCAAUGUUGUGGCAAAAUGGCCUGGCUCAGUCCAUGACUCCAGAAUCUUUCGGGCCUCUGAAAUCUAUCAGUGCCUAUCACAAGGUGAAUUCUCUGGUGUGUUGCUGGGAGACAGGGGGUAUGGCUGCCAGCCUUUUCUCCUGACACCUUUCACAGACCCCCAGGAAGCACAGCAGGCCUACAACCAUGCCCAUGCCAGGACCAGGGCCAGAGUUGAAAUGACCUUUGGCCUCCUGAAGGCACGCUUUCACUGCCUUCACAAAUUAAGGGUCAGCCCUGUUAGGGCAUGUGAUAUUACUGUGGCUUGUGCUGUCCUCCACAAUGUGGCCUGCCUGAGGAAGGAGAGGGCCCCCAGAGUGCCACCAGCCAUGGACUGGGACAAUCCGGCAAUCUUCCCUGAUGACGACAGUGGUCGGCUGCUGAGGGACCAAUAUGUGUUGAAUUAUUUUAGUUAGUAUGUGUGCUUUCAAUUUUGGUUAAAUAUGUCCUGCGGUGGCAGAGGAAUUUGGGUUUUUUUGGGUUCGUUUUUUUACGAAUUUGGCCUCUUAUGAUGUUUGUGCGGUAUACUGUGUGUAAUACAAGGCUGCAGGGAGGCUACUGCAUCCAUUCAUUUGUCUGUUCAGUUGAUGUGUAUGGAUUUGUCCUGCAUUUAUUUUAGUGUGCAGACAUGCAGGGUGUGUUAUAUACAGACCUUUGAAUGUGUAUGUAUCAUUUUGUAUAAUAUGCUUGGAUUCUGUGCUUUCCAUCUUGUAGAGUCACUGUGACUUCAGUUUCGAAAGGAGCUGAUGGUUUACCUGCUUUGUUUUGUCCUUAUUCAAUAAAGGAACAUAAUGUUA